UCAGUUUCAGGGGCGCCGCGCCCGCCCGGGGGCUCCUCUUAAAGGAGCCGCGCUCCCCGGCUGCUGUCGUGCUCAGGGAAGGCAGCAAGAGCUGAGGGCUGGAACGGUGAGAGGGUCCGGAGAGAGAGGAAAGCCUGAGACUCGAGAAUGCGGGAGUCGGGGUGGAUGGGACGGAGGCAGGUUCCCCGGGAAUUAGGGGUGCAGGCCGUGUCCAGACUCUCACCUUCACCCCUUGCAUGUGAGUGUCGGGCGGCGGCAGAACUGAUCCCUCAUUCUCACUGGGGAGACUCGGCAUGAGACUCAGCUGAGAGGGGCUGUGCCAUCAUCCACCUGCAGCCCCUCCCCUUAGAACUCCUCCCAGCCCUCUGCCCCCAUUUUACAAAUGGGGACACUGAGGCCGCUCCCCCCAGAUCCCACGUGAUGUAAAGAGAGUCCUGGGUGGGGGUCGCGGGUCCUGGGUCCUAGUUCCCGCCUCGUAUGUGACCUCUGGCAACUCCCUGCCCCUCUGGCGGCCUCAGUUUCCCCAUCUGUACAAUAAUGAAGGAGGCCGCAGCUUGACAGUUCCAAGCGAGCGACGGGAUCAGGAACCGCUGGUUCCAGGAGCCUCCAUCGCUACCCCUUCUCCUAACUCAUUUUCUGGAUCUUGUGGUUCUUCUGAGCGAUAAAUAAUACAUGAGGGGUGGGCAGAGCUGGGGGCCCCGCCUGCAGCUGGGUGACCCCGCCUGUCUCUCUGAGGGCCUGGGUUCUCCCCCUCUUCCAUCCAGACGUGUAAAAUGUUCAGCACAGUAAAUACUCGUUGGGAAAGAGCGGGGGAGAGAAGGGGAUCCUUCCCCGGACCAGAGGUGAGGCUGGGGGCCCGGACCUGGAGGCUCCCAAGUGGGGCUUAGGGCGGAGCCUGGCGAUGAAGGGGUUAAGCCGAGGUUCCGCCCCCUGAAGAAUUAGUUGAUAGCCUUUGGGACCCGACGCUGCCCUGCGGCGAGCGACAGCCCCGGCAACCAAUCAGAGGCGAUGACGGCUUCGGGCAGGGCUCCCAUUGGCUCGCUCCACCCGUCCGGGGAGAGGGGCGUCCCUUUAAAAGUGCCCACUAUCUGCCCGGCUCUAGGGAGAGGUUUCAGGAACCAUGCGCAGUGGGAUAGAGGAAUGACGUUCAGAGAGGGACAGGGAGUUGGCCGCAGCCACACAGCACGUCCUCAGCCUGACCCCUCCGUCCUGCCCCCUGUCCGCUGUCCAUUCCCACCAUGGCCUUCUGGACGCAGCUGAUGCUGUUGCUUUGGAAGAAUUUCCUUUAUCGCAGGAGACAGCCGAUCCAGCUCUUGGUGGAGUUGCUGUGGCCUCUCUUUCUCUUCUUCAUCCUGGUGGCUGUCCGCCAUUCCCACCCCCCAUUGGAGCAGCACGAAUGCCACUUCCCCAACAAGCCGCUGCCCUCGGCGGGCACCGUGCCUUGGCUCCAGGGCCUCAUCUGCAACAUGAACAAUACUUGCUUCCCGCGGCCCACCCCCGGCGAGGAGCCCGGCGUGCUCAGCAACUUCAACGACUCCCUGGUCUCCCGGCUCCUGGCAGAUGCCCGCACUGUGCUGGGGGGCCCCAGUGCCCACCGGACGCUGGCCGGCCUGGGGAAGCUGAUGCCCACGCUGAGGGCUGCACGCAGAGCAGCCCAGCCUCUGCUGAGUGACUGGCCGCAGGAAGGACUGCCCCUGGCUGCCGAGCUGUUGGGGACACUGCUUCGAGGGGAAUUCCUGGGGUCUGAGCUAGGCCAAGCCCAGGAGUCUGUGGGCAGCUUCUUGGAGGCAGCAGAGGACCUGGCCCAGGAGCUCCUGGCGCUGCCCAGCCUGGCGGAGCUGCAGAGGCUGCUGCGGAGGCUCCGAGGGACAGAUGGCCCUCUGGAGGUGGUGUCAGAAGCACUCUGCAGUGCCAGGGGGUCUAGCAUCCCUGGGGGAUUCUCCUUCAACUGGUACAAAGCCAGGGACCUGAAGGAGCUGGUGGGGCAGGAGGCGGCACCGGCCCUACCCGAGAACACCCUGAGCCCUGCCUGUGCCGAGCUGAUGGGGGCCCUGGACACCCACCCUCUGUCCCGCCUGCUCUGGAGGCGCGUGAAGCCGCUGGUCCUCGGGAAGCUGCUGUUUGCACCUGACACACCGUUCACCCAGCAGCUCAUGGCCCAGGUGAACCGGACCUUCCAGGAGCUGGCUCUGUUGAAGGACGUCCAGGAGGUGUGGGGGCUGCUGGGACCCCAGCUCUUUAGCUUCAUGAACGACAGUGCCAAUGUCGCCAUGCUGCAGAGGCUCCUGGAAAUUCAGGGCACAGGAAAGAGGCAGCCGGGACCUGGAGCCCAGAACCGGACGGAGGCCCUUCGUGCCUUUCUGGACCCUGGUGGGCGCGGCUACAGCUGGCAGGACAUGCACACUGAUGUGGGGCACCUGGUGGGCAUGCUGGGUCAUGUGAUGGAGUGCGUGACGCUGGACAAGCUGGAGGCGCUGCCCUCGGAGGGCGCCCUGGUGGUGCGGGCUCUGGAGCUGCUCGCCGAGCGCCGCUUCUGGGCGGGCGUCGUCUUCCUGGGGCCCGAGGACCCGGGGGACCCCGCGCCGCUCCCAGGCCCCGGCCACGUGCGCAUCAAGAUCCGCAUGGACAUCGACGACGUCAUGAAAACCAAUAAGAUCAGAGACAGGUUUUGGGACCCCGGCCCGGCCGCUGAUCCCCUGACGGACCUGCGCUACGUGUGGGGCGGCUUCGUGUACCUGCAGGACCUGCUGGAGCGCGCGGCCGUGCGCGUGCUCAGCGGCGCUGCGCCCCGCGCCGGCCUCUACGUGCAGCAGAUGCCCUACCCGUGCUACGUGGACGACGCGUUCCUGCGCGUGCUGAGCCGGUCUCUGCCGCUCUUCCUCACGCUGGCCUGGAUCUACUCGGUGGCGCUGACGGUGAAGGCCGUGGUGCGCGAGAAGGAGACGCGGCUGCGCUACACGAUGCGCGCCAUGGGGCUUGGCGGCGCCGUGCUGUGGCUCAGCUGGUUCCUCAGCUGCCUCGGGCCCUUCCUCUUCAGCACCGCGCUGCUCGUGCUGGUGCUCAAGCUCGGGGAUAUCCUCCCCUACAGCAACCCGGCCGUGGUCUUCCUGUUCUUGGCGGCCUUCGCCGUGGCCACGGUGGUCCAGAGCUUCUUGCUGAGCGCCUUCUUCUCCCGCGCCAACCUGGCGGCCGCCUGUGGGGGCCUCGCCUACUUCGUGCUUUAUCUGCCCUAUGUGCUGUGCGUGGCCUGGCGGGACCAGCUGCCCGUGGGUGGCCGGGUGGCCGCGAGCCUUCUGUCGCCCGUGGCCUUCGGCUUCGGCUGCGAGGGCCUGGCGCUGCUGGAGGAGCGGGGCGAGGGGGCGCAGUGGCACAACAUGGGCACCGGGCCUACGGCCGACGUCUUCAGCCUGGCCCAAGUGUCAGGGCUUCUGCUGCUCGAUGCCGUGCUCUACGGCCUCGCCACUUGGUACCUGGAGGCCGUGUGCCCAGGCCAGUACGGGAUCCCCGAACCGUGGAACUUUCCCUUUCGAAGGAGCUACUGGUUCGGACCUCGGCCCCCCAAGUGUCUCGCCCCGCCCCCCGCCCUGCAAGACCCGGAGGUGCUGGUGGAAGAGGCGCCGCCCGGCCUGAUGCCGGGGGUCUCCAUUCGGGGCUUGGAAAAGCGCUUUCCUGGCAACCCGCAGCCCGCGCUGCGCGGGCUCAGCCUCGACUUCUACCAGGGCCACAUCACCGCCUUCCUGGGCCCCAACGGGGCCGGCAAGACCACCACGCUGUCCAUCCUGAGUGGCCUCUUUCCACCCACUCGUGGCUCCGCCUGUGUCCUGGGCCAUGACGUCCGGUCCGGCAUGGCAGCCAUCCGGCCCCACCUGGGCGUCUGCCCGCAGUACAACGUGCUGUUCGACAUGCUGACCGUGGACGAGCACGUCUGGUUCUAUGGGCGGUUGAAGGGUCUGAGUGCAGCUGCCGUGGGCCCCGAGCAGGACCGUCUGGUGCAGGACACGGGUCUCGUCCCCAAGCGGCGAGCGCAGACGCGCCACCUCUCCGGUGGGAUGCAACGGAAGCUUUCAGUGGCCAUCGCCUUUGUGGGUGGCUCCACAGUGGUCAUCUUGGACGAGCCCACAGCUGGUGUGGACCCUGCUUCUCGCCGUGGUAUUUGGGAGCUGCUGCUCAAAUACCGCGAAGGUCGCACACUGGUCCUCUCCACCCAUCACCUGGACGAGGCGGAGCUCCUGGGAGACCGUGUGGCGGUGGUGGCGGGCGGCCGCCUGUGCUGCUGUGGCUCCCUGCUCUUCCUGCGUCGCCACCUGGGCUCCAGCUACUACCUGACACUGGUGAAAGGUCCCCCACCCCUGGCCACCAGCAGGAAGGGUGACGCUGACAUGGAGGACAGCGUGGAUGCCAGGCAGGAAAAGGAGCCGGGCAGCCCGGCCGGGACGGGUGCCUCCUGGGUGGCCAAGCCCCUCCCCCAGGGAGGCUGGGCUGGGAGAGGCGGGCUGGGAGCUGGGGCCGUGCAGCCUGCCACUGUCCCCCCGGGUGCGCCCCGGCUGCUGGCCCUGGUGCAGCGCUGGGCGCCUGGGGCGCGGCUGGUCGAGGAGCUGCCGCAUGAGCUGGUGCUCGCGCUGCCCUCCGAGGGCGCCCUGGACGGCAGCUUCGCCGAGCUCUUCCGCGAGCUGGACCGGCGGCUGGGGGAGCUGGGGCUGGCCGGCUACGGCAUCUCCGACACCAGCCUCGAGGAGAUCUUCCUGAAGGUGGUGGAGGACAAUGCUGGGGACACAGACCCACAGGAUGGUGGCCGCAGGCCGCCCCCGUGCACCGGCACUGCUUACCUGGACACGACCACGCGGCUCAAGAUCCAGCCGGAGGAGUCAGCCCUGGAGAAUGGGGCGCCAGCCGGGUCAGCCCCGGAGACGCAGGCCCUGCGGGGCUCCAGGCCGGACGCCGCAGGCCGUGUGCAGGGCUGGGCGCUGACCUGCCAACAGCUCCGGGCCCUGCUUCUCAAGCGCUUUCUGCUGGCCCGCCGCAGCCGCUGUGGCCUGUUCGCCCAGAUGGUGCUGCCGGCCCUCUUUGUGGGUCUGGCGCUGGCAUUCAGCCUCAUCGUGCCGCCGUUCGGACACUACCCGGCUCUGCGGCUCAGCCCCAGCAUGUACGGCGCCCAGGUGUCCUUCUUCAGCGAGGACGCCCCAGGGGACCCCGAGCGUGCGCGCCUGCUCGAGGCGCUGCUGGAGGAGGCGGGACUGCAGGACCCGUCCCCGAAGAACAGCUCUAGCGGGACGCCCGCGUGCGUGCCGCCCGCCGCCUGCCACUUCUCGGUGCCCGAGGUUCCCGCCGACGUGGCCGCGGUCUUGGCCGGCGGCAACUGGACCCCAGCGGACCCCUCCCCGGCCUGCGAGUGCAGCAGGCCCGGCGCCCGCCGCCUGCUGCCCGCCUGCCCCCCGGCGGCCGGCGGCCCCCCGGCGCCCCAGGCCCUGAGCGGCUCGGGCGAGAUGGUGCAGAACCUCACGGGCCGGAACCUGUCCGACUUCCUGGUCAAGACCUACCCGCGCCUCGUGCGCCAGGGCCUGAAGACCAAGAAGUGGGUGAACGAGGUCAGGUACGGGGGCUUCUCCCUGGGGGGCCGCGACCUGGGCCUGCCCUCGGGCCGUGAGGUGGGCCGCUCACUGGAGGAGCUGCGGGCGCUGCUGAGCCCCCAGCCCGGCGGGGCCCUCGACCACGUCCUGAACAACCUCACUGCCUGGGCUCACGGCCUGGAUGCCCAGGACAGCCUCAAGAUCUGGUUCAACAACAAGGGCUGGCACGCCAUGGUGGCCUUUGUCAACCGAGCCAACAACGCACUUCUACGUGCCCGCCUGCCCCCGGGCCCCAACCGCAGCGCCCACAGCAUCACCACACUCAACCACCCCCUGAACCUCACCAAGGAGCAGCUGUCCAAGGCUGUGCUGAUGGCCUCCUCGGUGGACGUGCUCGUCUCCAUCUGCGUGGUGUUCGCCAUGUCCUUCAUCCCAGCCAGCUUCACACUCAUCCUCAUUGAGGAGCGCGUCACUGGAGCCAAGCACCUGCAGUUCAUGGGGGGCCUGCCCCCCACCCUCUACUGGCUCAGCAACUUUCUCUGGGACAUGUGUAACUACUUGGUGGCGGCAUGCAUUGUGGUGCUCAUCUUUCUGGCCUUCCAGCAGAGGGCGUAUGUGGCCCCUGCCAACCUGCCUGCUCUCCUGCUGUUGCUAUUACUGUACGGCUGGUCCAUCACGCCGCUCAUGUACCCAGCCUCCUUCUUCUUCUCCGUGCCCAGCACGGCCUACGUGGUGCUCACCUGCAUCAACCUCUUCAUCGGCAUCAACGGCAGCAUGGCCACCUUUGUGCUGGAGCUCUUCUCCGAUCAGAAGCUGCAGGAGGUGAGCCAGAUCCUGAAACGGGUCUUCCUGAUCUUCCCCCACUUCUGCCUGGGCCGGGGGCUCAUUGACAUGGUGCGGAACCAGGCCGUGGCUGACGCCUUUGAGCGCUUGGGAGAUGGGCACUUCCAGUCACCCCUGCGCUGGGAGGUGGUCGGCAAGAACCUCUUGGCCAUGGUGGUGCAGGGGCCCCUCUUCCUCCUCUUCACGCUCCUGCUGCAGCACCGUCACCGCCUCCUGCCACGACCCAAGCUGAGGCCGCUGCCACCCCUGCGGGAGGAGGAUGAGGAUGUGGCCCAUGAGCGGGAACGGGUGGUCCGAGGGGCCACCCAAGGGGACGUGUUGGUGCUGUGGAACCUGACAAAGGUGUACCAGGGGCAGAGGACACCAGCUGUCGACCGCCUGUGCCUGGGGAUCCCGCCCGGUGAGUGUUUCGGGCUGCUGGGCGUGAACGGCGCGGGGAAAACCUCCACCUUUCGCAUGGUCACCGGGGAAAUGCUGCCCAGCGGGGGCGAGGCGGUGCUGGCAGGCCACAGCGUGGCCCGCGAACCAGCCGCCGCGCACCGCCGCAUGGGCUACUGCCCCCAGUCUGACGCCGUCUUCGAGCUGCUGACCGGCCGCGAGCACCUGGAGCUGUUCGCGCGCCUGCGCGGUGUCCCCGAGGCUCAGGUUGCCCAGACCGCGAGCCUGGGCCUGGCGCGCCUGGGGCUGCCGCAGUACGCGGACCGGCCUGCGGGCACCUACAGCGGCGGCAACAAGCGGAAGCUGGCCACAGCGGUGGCGCUGGUGGGCGACCCGCCCGUGGUCUUCCUGGACGAGCCGACCACCGGCAUGGACCCCAGCACGCGGCGCUUCCUCUGGAACAGCAUCCUGGCUGUGGUGCGGGAGGGCCGCUCCGUGGUGCUCACCUCGCACAGCAUGGAGGAGUGCGAGGCGCUCUGCACGCGCCUGGCCAUCAUGGUGAACGGGCGGUUCCGCUGCCUGGGCAGCGCGCAGCACCUCAAGGGCAGAUUCGGGGCCGGCUACACGCUGACCCUACGGGUGCCCGCGGCGCGGUCCGAGCCGGCAGUGGCCUUCGUGGCGGCGGCGUUCCCGGGGGCCGAGCUGCGCGAGGCGCAUGGCGGGCGCCUUCGCUUCCAGCUGCCGCCGGGAGGGCGCUGCGCCCUGUGGCGCGUCUUUGGCGAGCUGGCGGCGCACGGCGCGGAGCAGGGCGUGGAGGACUUCUCUGUGAGCCAGACCACGCUGGAGGAGGUAUUCCUGUACUUCUCCAAGGACCAGGGGAAGGAGGAAGACGAGGAGGAGGAGCAGGAGGCAGGAGAGGGGGCGGACUCUGUGCCGGGCCCGCAGCGGCCCAAACUCAUCACCCGAUUCCUCGACGACCCCAGCACGGCCGGGGCAGUGCUCUGAGCCCACCUUCUAUGUGGGGCUGGUGGGAGGCCCUGAGAGCGACACAGGCCGAGCAGAGGGGCUGGGGCGGGACCCAGAGGCUCCGAGAGGGGCCGCCGCCCUGGAGGAAAUAAUAAAGAGGAGCUGUGGUGUGCAACUGUG